GUGAGGCAGGUACGAAGAGACGGGUGAUGAAAGGUAUGGAGGAGUGUAACUGGCUUCACCUGGCGUGUCAUGGGAUUCAAGAACCAGAUGAACCGACGAAGAGUGCGCUUCUCCUCGAAGACGGGCAUCUUACGCUCGAGGAAGUCAUCAAGCUAAACCUUCCUCGAGCUGAGUUUGCGUUCCUAUCCGCAUGCCAAACAACUACGGGAGAUGAAAAUCUUUCGGAGGAAGCUGUACAUAUCGCGGACGAGUUCUACAAGCAUGUCAUGGAAGAAGGAAAGCGACCUGACUCUAGAGAGGCAGCGGAAGCGCUGCAUAUAGCGGUUCAAAAGCUUCGUCAACAACCAGGUAUUCAGCUUACGGACUGGAUUCCAUUCGUCCAUCUCGGAAUCUAG